AUGGCUGAUGCUGCUCUUAGUGCUACCAUUCAGGUUGCAUUGCAGACGGUUGUUUCCCUUGCCGGUGACCAUGUUAAUCUGGUUCGUGAAUUCCCAGAGGAGCUGCAGAGAUUCAACCAAUCUGCUGCAAUGAUCCGAGGCUUCUUGGCCGGUGCCGAAAAGGACAUGCGUAGACCAGGGGUGCAAAAUUGGCUGGAGCAGCUGGAAGAUGAGGUUUUCAAAGCUGACAAUGUGCUGGACGAGCUCAACUAUGAAAUUCUUCGUCGGAAGGUGAAGUAUCAAAAUCAACUCAUGAAAAAGAAGGUACUCUUCUGCUUUUCAUUCUUUAAUAAAAUUGGUUUUCGUUGGAGGUUGGGUUCAAUGAUCAGGAAGAUCAACACGAACCUUGAAAGGAUCCAUGGGCAUGCCAGAGGUUUGGGACUGGAAUGCAAGGGCCAAUCCGAAGAAGCAUCUGGAGCCACAGCAAACCGAGAGACCGACUCUAAGAUUGUUCGAAGAUUAGGAAAAACAACUCUAGCCAAAGCCGUUUUCAACACUCCACAGUUUGAUAAUCAUUUUGACAAAAAAAUUUGGGUUUGUGUGGGUAAAGAAGUUGAAAUCACGGAGCUCUUCAAAAUGAUUCUAGAAUCGUCAACCAAAAAAAAGGCUAAAGUGGAUAGGAGGGAGGUAAUAGUUGAAGGAAUUGAAACUGAACUUGAGGAAAAAAGAUAUUUGCUUGUUCUUGACGAUUUGUGGAAUCAUCAAGAAGGAUUGUUGAAUGACUUUUUCACCACUUUGGAGGCACUCAAACCGAAGAAAGGGAGCUGGUGUCUUGUUACUUCUCGUCUCCAAGAAGUGGCAAUUGUUCUGUCUAGACAUCGGCGGAUCAAUUUUACUCGUCAUGACCUAAGAAAGCUAUACGAUGAUGAUUGCUGGUCUAUCGUGAAAAAUAGGGCAACUGUAGGGGAAGAAGUGCCAAAAGAAUUGGAAGCCUUAAGGAAGCAAGUUUUAAGAAGAUGUGACGGUCUACCUCUGGCAGCAACGUUAAUCGGAGGUUUGUUAUGUAAAAAGAGAAAAGAGGAUUGGCCAUCUAUUUUGGAGGAGAGCCUCUUGAAUGGAGAUCAGGGUGGGAUCGCCCAAAUACUUAAGGUGAGUUUUGAUCAUCUGUCACCUGCACCGGUUAAGAAAUGUUUUGCAUAUUGCUCAAUUUUUUAUCAAGAUACUAGAAUGGAACAAGAUCUACUAGUUGAGCUUUGGAUGGCUGAAGGCUUUCUUCAACCGGAUUCCCAAAAUCAAACGAUGGAGGGAAUAGGAUAUGAGUAUCUGAGAACUUUGCUGCAAACUUCCUUAUUGGAAGAAGUAAAAGGGGAGUGGAGAACAUGGUAUAAAAUGCAUGAUCUUGUGCAUGAUUUUGCAAAAUCAAUUUUGAAUCGUAACAGCAGCAAUCAGGACCGUUACCUUGCAGUAUACUCCUCCGAAAGAAUCAAUGAAAAAAAAUCAGCAUCACUUCGCACAUUAUUUUGGAAGGGUGGCAUAGCUGAUGAUAUGUUAUCAGAGUUCAAAUCCUUGCAUGUCCUAAAAUUGUUUGGAGCAGAUGUCAAAGAGUUGCCGACCUCCAUUGGCAAACUAAAACAUUUACACUUACUUGACAUUUCAGAUUCUAUGAUUACCGCUUUGCCAGAAUCUCUUUGCAAACUUUAUCAUUUGCAAACACUGAGAAUUGGCAAGCUUGAAGAAGGUUUUCCAAAGAAGAUGAGCAAUUUGAUUAGCAUGAGACAUCUUCACUAUGAUGAUGAUGAUACAGGACGCGAAAUCCAAAUGCCAUCCGGGAUUGGACGAUGGACUUUUCUUCAAACAUUAGAGUUCUUUAACAUAGGUCGUCAAGAGGAAGGUCGUGGUAUCCAAGAACUUGGGACCUUGCAAGAUCUUAAAGGCUCCUUGGAGAUCAGAAAUCUUGAAUUAGUAAAUGGCAAAGAUGAUGCUAAACUGGCGAACCUAUCUAAAAAGCCAAAUCUGCAUCGGUUGGUACUUGAGUGGGGCAAUAGGGAUGGGGAAAGUGAUAAAUGCGAUGAAGAUGUGUUGGAAGGUCUCGAAGUUCACCCAAAUUUAAAAGGGUUACAUAUCUGGAAUUUUAGGGGAGAUCAGAGUCCACAAUGGCUUGUGGAAUCAUCAACAUUAGUGGAAUUGCACUUAAUAAAUUCCAGAGAACUCACCCUCCCCACCCUAGGACAACUGUCGUCGCUCCAAUAUCUAUAUCUGUGUGGAUUGGAAAACACUACGUGCAUUGGACUUUCAUUCUAUGGUAUUUGUGAGGAGGAGGAUGGAAGAUCAGCAGGUUCAGGCACUACUAGCAGACAAACAUUCUUUCCAGCCCUUAAAAUUCUCUCUCUUGACAGGAUGAAAAAUUUGGAAGAGUGGAAGGACGCACAUGUGAUGGAUGUGUUUCCUGUGCUGGAAAAGUUGUAUAUUUGGGAUUGCCCCCAACUGACCACCAUUCCAGCUCCAAGUCGUUUCCCAAGUCUUGCUGUAUUGGAAAUCAAAGAGAAUUGCCAUGUUUUGCUGGCAGAAAAGGUUUUGAGCCAUAUAACCAAUCUUUCGUCCCUUGAAUUAAUGCGUGGAGGCAUGGAGUCUCUAAAAUUAGUGAUACGACCAGAGAGUAGUUUGAGGAUUGAUGGCUGUGACAGUCUACCCACUGACAUGCUCGAACGACUCUGUCUUUUCCCAAUUGCCAGAAGAUCUUUAUCAAUUUCAAGCUUUAGAGCACUUGGACAUAAGGGGUUGCCCGAGAAUUGA